AUGGUGCCUCACAUGGUGCCUCUGAAGAGACCGAGACACGAAGUUUUGGUGCCGGAGAAUCUGUCUCUGUUGGGGGUCGAGGCUCCGGAGAAUCUGAGCCAACGGAACGACGAAGACAGUUCAGCCGAGAGUCUGGACAGCGUGUCACAUGCUUGUUCUCCUGAAAUCCCAUUAAAGUACCUCUCCUCCUCAGACGUAGGAUCGCAGUGCAACAAGUCGCCGUCUCCCCGCCCACACAACGACUCCUCGUCCAAUCAGGCGAGCUGGAGCCGUCACCUGAUGCAGCAGACGUUGAUGGACGAAGGGCUGCGAUUGGCCAGGAUGGUGUCACAUGAGCGCGCCGCCAAACUCAGCCUGGGACCAGACGCCAACCACACGACAGCUGAAGGAGACUUCUGUAACAUUACAGAUGUGACCAUAUUCAGUUUGUGGAUGUGUCUGACUCCUGCCUCGCGGUGA